UCUUUUUAGCAUUUUUGUUUAAUUUUUCCGCGCCGAAUUGUGCAAUAUAGAAGGUGGUGCCGCAUUAAUUUAACAAUAUGGACAAGUUCUUGCAACGCCAACCCUCGUGGAAAACCAAAACCUAUGACAGUUUUGUGGCAACAGCGGCUAAAAAAAAUCAUCAGGAUCAAGCCCAAGCUGCAGCGGCUGUUUCGAGUGCUGCAAAUCGUCGACCGUUGGGCGAGCACCCAGAUUUGAAUUUAAAGAAACUAGUUUCAGACAAUCCAAAGAGAAAUGAGAAGUUCUUGGACGCACAAUCGUCAAGCGAAUCCAUAGCGGUCUUUCCCAGUCGAGCAGUCACUCAACUGAAUCAGCAUAAAGAGAACGUUAAUGUUGCGGUAGUUGCACAAAUGUCGACGCCAACAACAACAAAGCCAAAACCAUCCACCACGGAUACGAUAACACCGACUACAACUCCCAGAUAUCAACACAAUGAUCCUUAUUUAAUACGCCUGCAACGCGAUCUCAAUAGUCCUAAUGCUGCUCUCCGAGUUCGUGCCAUGCAAGCCUUGAAGAGUCCCUCCAAGGCUGCCGCUUAUCACACCUUUGAUGUGCCUUUAGCCGAGCAGUCGAUCAUCACGGCGGAUGAACGGAAUCCCAAGCCACUUCCGACCCUUCGUGAUAUACUUGCGAAUGUUGUAGUUUAUGUGGAAGUGCGUACAGGUAAUGAUAAUCGCUCUGAGGGAGUCAAAACAAUAAUAUCGAAAAUGGGUGCCCAAGUCAAUGAUCGUCUUUUACGGAAUACGACUCACGUCGUCUUCAAAGAUGGUCUUUUGUCUACAUACAAAAAGGCUGGCGAAUGGAAUAUUCCAAUUGUAUCAAUAUUAUGGAUUGAGGCGUGUAAAGUACAACGACGGCUCUGUGAGCCUGAACAAUUUCCGAUCAGUAAUCUCCAUAAAUAUGAAUAUCCUGAACUAUUUGGCAAAAUAACGCGUGUACGUUGUAUGCAACCCGAUUCGGAGCUAAAUAAAAGGCAACGUAAGCGUCAGGACACGCCCACUUCAAAGGACAAGGAGGCUGUAGAAACACCAAAAUCCACACCAAAGAAUGACAUUACGCGUUUUCUUAAGAUCCUGAAGAACAAUAAACAUCUUGCUGUUGCUUCUCAGGAUGAUGAAGCUGUGGAAUCGCCAGCCACUAAAUUGUUAAACAGAAUAAGCAAUGGCAGCUUCACACCUAGCCAUGGACAGCCUGGUGAUGGCAAGUCAAAAUCCAAUGGAAGCGGUGAUGCUAUUGCCAUUAUAGGGCAAGACAAACCCACAUCCCAAAAGAGUUUAAUCUUUACGGAGGAAAGUGCUCGUGGAGAUGAGGUGGUAGUAGUACCAACACCAACUAAUCGACCACGACGCAGCACAGUGGAGCCCGCGCCUGUAUCAACGCCCACCCCAAAGGCCGCCAAUCGACGGCGUAGCUGCAGUAUAGCUGGAGAACUGCAGCAAACACAAGUUGGCAUAACAGCUGCAGCAUCAGAGCCGAGAAUGACACGUCGCCGGUCUUCCCUGCAAUUAGCAGCUAAUGAUUCUCCAAUGGAAUUAACCAAAAAACCAGGAUUUUAUUCCAUUCACGAAGAAGCUGAAGAAACACCGACAAGAUCUACUCGACGACGACGUAGUUCUACGGCAAGUGCCACCAAGCAGUCGUCGUAUCAGCCCAUUAUGGAAGAGCCACAACCUAUGGUAACGAGACGGCGUAGUUCUUUGCAUGUACCAGCUAGUGCUCCCAUGGAGGCAAUCACUAGCAACGAGUGCGUAUCGAGCGCUGGACGACGGCGCAGCAGCUCUUGGCAUCAAGCCACAAGUUCGUCUAAGGAUGCAUUAAAAAAAACUUUAUUCCAUCCCAUUGCUGAAGAGGCGCAUACCGAAGUCACAAUGGAAAUAAGCAACGUGGCCACUCCUGUGGCAGCACAAGAAAGACGUCAGACGGUGUAUACCCCGCAACAGAUGGACAUUAGUCAAACGAACAUUAGUACUCGCAGCAUAACAACAUCCAGCACUGAGCUAAGCGAAAAUAACGACCACAUGGAACUAACAAUGCUCCAACAGCGAUCUCUGGUCAAUGUGACUACACAAACCUCGCAAUAUAGCGAUGAAGAGCCACUAUUUAGUUCGACCCGUCUGCCAGUCUCUAGGGUUAGCAGCAGCAGCAACAAUACUACAAAUAAUCGUCGCCGUACCAUAUUUAGUUUGGAUAUGCAUGUCAUUAACGAAGGAAUUGAUAGAAUUAAUCGUUCAUGUCAGCGGCGUUCUCUAGCUUUGGCCAAUGAGGCCGAAUUGGGUGAAUGCCACAAAGUGCAGACACCGAUAGCCAUAGUGGAGCAAGAAGUAGAAAAACCACCGCAGGCGGUGCAAGACCCAGCCACACCUUCCGAACCGAAGAGACGACGACUCUUCACUCCGAACGAAGAGGUUAUCAUUUCACCACCAAAAUCCAAUCGAAAAUCUCGUCUGAGCAUAUGUAAUGGACAACCUGGCUCUGCGGCCAAACGUCGCCGCACACUGGCUGCGCCAACUACUAGCAAGUCCUCAGAAACAAAGGAGACCACAACUAAAUCAAGCGUCACAGAAACACCAACGCCCCAACAACCAACUGUCGAAAAGGAAGUAACUAAAGAGACUGGACCAAGCAAUAUAGCAUUAACAGAAGUAGCAAGCGCUGAUCAAGUAGAAGUUUUUAGUACCCCAAAAGGAUCAUCGUUGGACAUUAAUACUGAUAGCAAUUUAACUGAUUCCACCAAUAUACCGACCACACCAUCGGCGAACACAGAUGGAAAGACAUCAACUGCUAAACGCCGUCAAAGAGUGAUCCGUACGCUGGUCCAUACUAAUAUGCAUCAAGAACAGAUUCAUGUUAUACACAAGGCCCUACGUAAACUGCACGGAAUGCGGCUGGAUCCCACGGUAACCAAACGCACCACUCAUUUGGUGAGCCUAGAUCCCCGUCGAACAUUGAAUCUUCUGCGUGGCCUAAUGCGCGGCGUUUGGAUUGUAAGCUAUAAUUGGAUAUUGGAAUCUUUGCGCUCCGGCAAAUGGGUUUACGAAGAGCCAUACGAAUUGAAAGUAUUCUCCCGAGCCGUGGAGAUUUGUCGCACCGAACGUCAGGCGUUUGGAAAAGAUUAUCGUUGUGAACUUUUCCGUUUUAUGGAAAGCUUUUACGUGUCAUCGCAUUGUCAACCGCUGCAAUUUAAUAAUGUAAAAGAGAUAUUGAUGCUGGGCGGGGCCAAAAUCACCGAGAAUCGUUUUAAGGCCAAAUAUAUCAUUGGGGAUAAGCGACGUGUUGAAGAUGAUCGUCUGUAUUUGUCUGUUAACUGGGUGCUUGAUAGCGUUACGGCCAUGCAGAUACAGAAAUUCGGAAAAUAUCUCAUGAAGAGCGCCAUUGUGACGCCGGCGGGCAUUAGGUACGAUAAUCCUCCAACGGUGGACAGUAGUCCAGCAUCCUCCAAUAGAAAACUUCAUGUGUGCUAUAGAGAUCCUGUGUUGGUAUUAAACAAAUAGUCUAAAAAAAUAUACUUAUGUUUAGUUUAGCGUUUAAGUCGGAUUAUACAAAAAUUUAUACAGAAAUUAAAUUAUGUAUUUAUAAAUAUCUCAGUAAAAACCAAUAAGU